AUGACAUAUUCACAAGUUUUGAAUAAGCUGUAUGAAGAAUUGAGUAUUGAUCCCAGAGUUGUGGAGUUGAAGGUGGUUAUGCGGUAUCCUAUGGCUGGGGCUUAUGUCGCAGUUCCGUUGAAUGACGACAACGCUCUUAAGGCUAUGUGGAUUGCUGUGACUCAGAGUUCUUCCAUUGCAAUGCAAUUGUACAUUGAACAAGUUUCAAAGGAGCCAGUUGUGCAAACUAACACUGGUUCCUUUUCGGGGAUGGAUUUUUUUGGUAGUGUGGAUCAACCGUCUCCGGCCUCAUCGCCUAAUGUUGGAACCUCAACAAGCACACAACCACAAGGCAUUCUUGAUUCUCUUGACCCAAACAAUGUUGAUGUAUUUGGCGAUGCGGAGAUGAAUGACACUGAUGAAGAUGAUGAUGAAGAAGUAAUUGAAGCUCGUGAUAAGGCAAUUAAAGAAAGCGCUCCCACUUCAGACUUCAAUGAAGUGCCGCAAGUUGAUCCUCGUUUGAAUAACUCAUGGAUGUCUUGGUUAGGAAAUGAGACAUAUAACAAUGGGGGAGAAUUUGAGGUUGGACAGCAGUUUGACUCAUUGCAACAACUGAAAGAUGCUGUGAAAUCUUACUCCAUAGCUAGAAAUCAAACAAUUCGAGUUGUGGAGGCAGAGCCAGAGAAAUAUGUUGUUGAGUGCAAGAGGAAAGAACAAUGUAGUUGUUCGUGGAGGCUUAGAGGAGUGAAAGAUCCAACACUCUCUACGUUUAAAAUUGUGAGGUACAAUGGCCCUCAUGCAAGUAACUGUGUUGGUGACAUCGACUCGGUAGAUCAUAAGCUACUCACUUCCGAGUUUGUUUGCAAUGCUCUUCUAGAUGUCAUUCGCGUUGAUCCUUCAUUGAAAAUCAAGACAAUGGUGCAACUUGUAAAAGAGAAAUUUGAUGGAUUCCAAAUAACCUACAAGAGAGCAUGGCUAGCGAAACAAAAGGCAAUAAAACUCAUUUAUGGGGAUUGGGAGGGUUCAUAUGAACAGUUGCCUAAGUACAUGCAAGCUCUCAAGGAGUCAAAUCCUGGAACUGUUGUUGAGUGGAGGCUGUUAGAGAGUACGGUUCCUGGAACACCACUACGUCUGGGGUUGGAGUUGGCCUGGAUGACAUACCAGAGGAGGAGACACCUGCAUCAUCUUCAUCGUCACCUCAUGGGAAGAAGCAACGCCCGAGCUAAGUGUAUAUUUUGGAACUAA